AUGCGUCACGAGCUAUGGCUGCUCUACUUGCGGCGCCGAGCUCACCGACGCAAGCGACUUCUCAUGAUGGCAUACAUCAGCUACCACUACGCUGCUUUCGUUAACAAGACACCAAAACGAACAUCAAUCCUGACAGGAGCGAUGUGGGUCCAAGAGAUGAUGAUCGGGAACCACGACGCCUUCGUCGACAGCUUUCGAAUAUCCCGUGAGACAUUCCUCAUGCUACACGACGAGCUUGUUAACAAAGCUGGGCUUCAGGCAACUGGAAGAAUCAGCUCCGUUGAACAGCUUGCAGUGUUUAUGUACUUUGCUGGGCAACAAGUAACAAGCGCCAACCUCCAGUAA